AUGGGAUACGGCAAAUCUGAUGAUACCAGAAAGGAGCGCCACAGUGGCAAUCCCAAGUCUUCUGUUAAUGCUGAUGUUGCUCAGAAGAAAGAGGGAGCUGGUGGCAAAUAUACAUGGGGUGCUGCUGGUGAUCCACCAGCUGAUGCUGCUAUGGAUAAGGGUGAUCCUAAUUAUGAUUCUGAAGAAGAUGAACAUGAACGGAAGGUCAAUGAUGAGGCUACUCUUCAACCCAAGUAG